AUGGAGCUGCCAAAAAUAAGCAUAGUGUUUUUAUUAACUUACUUUUUACAAGUAGUUAGAAGUGCAUCUAUACUGGCCUUGUUUUCUUCUCUAUCUUUUUCUGACCACCUGGUAUUUAGGGGCUAUAUAUCUCUUCUUGCACAAAAGGGACACUCUAUUGUAGUAAUGACACCUUAUCCUGGCCAAUUUGCAUACCCGGAAGUGGAAAAAAUCGUAGAAUUAAAUGUGGGUCAAGAAUCAGGACCAUUUUGGGAAGAAUACAAAAAUCUUAUGACAUAUACUGAUGAUUGCUAUCCACGGAUGAGAAUGAUAAACGAGCUUUCUAUUAAAUUAACAGUGGCACAACUAAAAUCUAAGCCUAUGACUGCGUUGCUCAUUAACCCAAAUGUUAAAUUUGAUCUGGUUAUCACUGAAGCAGAUGUUCCCGUCUUGUAUGCAGUCGCAGAGAAAUAUCAAGUUCCUCAUAUUGCUAUUACGGCUUCCAGUGGCAAAAUUCAUCAAUACGAAUCAAUAGGAGCACCUAUUCACCCAAUAUUGUACCCCGAUGUGAACACCCUCAACUACCGAAAACUUUCUCGCUGGCAGAAAUUAGUAGAGAUAAAUCGUUAUUUCCAAACCAGACAUGAAUAUUAUAAUACCUAUUUACCACUUUGUGAAGUUGCGGCAAAAAAGAUUUUCGGACUUAAAAAGAGUCUUCAAGAAGUGGAAUACGAUAUAGAUUUAUUACUCGUAGCAGCGAAUCCUUUAUUAAUAAGCAAUAGACCAUCACCCCCCUCUAUAAUAUAUGUCGAUCGCAUGCAUAUAAAACCAGGCUUUGCAUUACCAGCUGAUCUUAAGUCAAUAUUAGACUCGGCCACAAAAGGAGUUGUUUAUUUCAGCCUGGGCGCGUUGCAAGAGCCGGAGCAUUUAUCUUCAAGUGUACUACAGACAUUAACGGAUGCUUUCAGAGAGUUGCCAUUCCUUGUAUUGUGGAAGUUUGGAAACACUACUAUGAUUAACAAACCUGAUAAUGUUAUCACGAAUAUGUGGUUUCCUCAGCAGGAAGUUUUAGCUCAUCCAAAUGUUAAGGCAUUUAUCACGCAUGGUGGUGCUCGAUCACUAGAAGAAGCUCUGUUCUACGAAGUACCAUUAGUUGGACUUCCAAUAGUCAGAUCAAGAAAAGUGUUCAUUGGUGAGAUUACUCGAUUUGGAACUGGAGAAAUUUUAGAUCUAAAUUAUCUAGAAAAGGAAAAUGUUAAAGAAGUUAUCACUUCAGUGAUUACUAAUGAAAAGUAUAAAAAUGCCAUGAUAAAGCUUAAGAGCUUAACCGUAGAUCAAAUUAUUUCGGGUCCAGAAAAUGCAGUCUGGUGGACCGAAUAUGUUCUCCGUCAUGGCGGUGCUCGGCACUUACGGGCUCAAGCGGUUGGAGUCAGUUUCUUCAAGUACUACUUAUUGGAUAUUAUUAGUAUCCUACUAGGAGUAUCAGCAAUAUUGCUACUGAUAUCCUUUUAUAGCUUACGAUAUGUUCUCAGACGUAUACGUCUCCGAAUUUUGCAAAAGUUUGAUAAAUCAGGAAAAUAUAAGGCCUUG